ACACCUGCGUCAUUUCCUAGGCAGAAAUGGUCUGAGAGCCUCCAAUUCAGCGCUCCCUGUCAGUUGCGCAAAGAGAAAGCUCCGGUGGAGAAAGCAGACGGACUCUGGAGUUACUUUAUGGACAUUUAUGGACAGAAUCAACAUGAAGCAGGUUCCAUGUCUCCUGGUACACAGUGGUAAGGAUAGUCUUCUACGGAGGUCGAUCUGCCGGGUUUCAGAUAUUACACACGACACUGUUUGAGUCGUCGAGGCUCAAAGACAGCUAAUUGUGUUUUGCGUGGACGAAAGGGAACAUGACAGUAACAUUUUUGCUUUGCUCACUGCCAGAAGAUGCGAGCAGCAGCCAGGAGAACGCUCUGUUUCGGGGUGACACACUGUUUGCGCCGUUAUGCGCCGAGAUCACCGGUCACCUGUUGAAGUUGCUGGAUGCGUGAUUAGCUGCUUCAGGUUUUACUUUCAAACGUGCGGAUCAACUUGAACAGCGCUUUACCAAAUGUCCGAUCCGUUCUCACAUCUGUACGACGCGCUGUUUCCCCGUUAUGUUGUAGGAUGAGCGCUGAUCUGGAGCGCGUUACGCUCAACACAUCGGUGAACUCGGCCGGCCUGGGUGGCCGUGCGCUCUCGGCAAAUGUCCAGAGGCUCCACAACGCUCUCAACGUUCUCCUUAGCGACGUGGAGAGAGAACACUUCAUCCACUGUCUCAAUGUGUACCACUCCAAGCGCAACGUCUUCGACCUGGUCCAAACACUCAAAGUGAUUCUUAACACGUCCGGGAAACGACAGCUGCUGCCCAUGCUGCGUUUGGUCAUCCCCAGGUCCGACCAGCUGUUGUUCGACCAGUACACGUCCGAGGGGCUCUACCUGAAGACAGACCUGCUUUGCAACAACAGCACCGCGAAGGACUUCGGAGACGAGGGCGAUUCAACUCUGCAGAAAUAUGUCAGUUCCGUCCGUGAGCAGGCCCUCAAGUCGGGCUGUCCGGACGGUUCCAGCGCCGCCACGGAGCUUUCGACUCCGGUGGCUCCUCAGUUCUGUGAGGGCCCCCAUAGAGAGGUGCACAAAGUAACAUUGACGCGCUCCAGGAGCCACGAGGGUCUGGGCUUCAGCAUCCGCGGGGGUUCAGAGCACGGCGUGGGGAUCUACGUGUCCCUGGUGGAGCCCGGAUCACCGGCCGAGAGAGAGGGACUGAAGGUCGGGGACCAGAUAAUGACCGCCAACGACAUGAUGUUCGACAGUGUCACUCACACAGAGGCGGUGAAGGUGCUAAAGGGAUGCAAGAAGCUGACCAUGUCUGUGUGUUCCAUGGGACGGAUCCCUGGAGGCUACAUCACUAACCACGUGUACAGCUGGGUCGACCCUCAGGGCCGGAGUGUCUCACCACCACCUGAUAGCCAGGAGGUCAAUCAGAGGCAAGGGCAUGGCAUGGAGGAGAGGACGGUAAACCUGAACAUGGAUGAUGGCCGUUCUCUGGGUCUAAUGAUCAGGGGUGGUGCAGAGUAUGGACUCGGGAUUUACAUCACUGGGGUAGACCCUGGAUCUGCUGCCGACUCUGGCGCACUAAAGGUGGGUGAUCAGAUACUGGAAGUGAACGGUCAGAGCUUUGUCACCAUCUCCCAUGAUGAGGCAGUUAACAUCCUCAAAACAGGGUGCCAAUUGUUGGUGAAAGUGAGGGACGUGGGCCGCCUGCCUCAUGCACGCACAAUGGUGGAUGAGACAAAAUGGAUCUGCAGUCAGGUCAUAGCUGAGACCAACGCUACAGCAUGUCCUAACUCGGUUACCAACACCACUGCCUGCAGUUCAAGACCAUCUUCAGCCAGAGCUACUCCUGUAUUAGGAAAGCCAUCAGCAUGCAGAGGUGUGGGACCGCCUGGUGCUCAGGUGUCUCUGGAGGAGCAGGCUUACAUGUUGUUGACAGAGACAGAGAGGCAGACCAUGGCUUACUACCUGCAGGAGUACCAAGACGAACACAUAGGAGUGGAGCCCCUGGUCAUGGCUCUGUUUGAGCUUUUCAACACACAUGCUAAGCUGUCCAUGUUGUCUGAGGUGAGGAGUCUGCUGGCUCCCCAGGAUCUGGAAUUGUACGACAGGCUAGUGUUGCACCAAGAGAGGGAGGCUCACAUGACGUGGUAUGGAGGGCUGGGAGUGCUGCAUCCACAGGGCCUCUGCAACCAACCAGCCCCCACGAUCAGCGUCGCAGGGCAUACCGUUUCUGCUACAAAUGAUGGUUCUGUUGGUGGCUGGACAGAAAAAGACCAGGAGGAGAACAUCAAUGACUUACAAAACAUUGCUCUGGAUGGAAUGCAGGCUUCAAGUGAAUCUCCUCCAUCCUUCAGAUCUACUCCUAACCAGGUCCAGAGCAGACCAUCCAGGGAGAAAGAGCUCAGCCGAAAGCCUUCAGCCCGGCUGGUGUCAGUUGGUUCAAAUGUACCCUUCACUGGCCCCACUCGUUUGCUCCCGGACUGCCUCCAUAAAUCACUCAAAACCCUUCCCACCACCAAUCAGCACUCCCCAGCAUCUGCUCACCACACCUGCGCUGGUGCCAGCCACCACACUUCCCUCAAUGCACUCCAUCACACGUGCCAGAGCCCCUUUCAGCUCUCUGACUCUGAACAUCACAAUCACCCCCACUUCGCUCAUCAUGUCCAGCACCAUGCUGCCCCCCAUAACCGGCCCAGGUCAGGACAUCAUACCUGCCCGGGCUUUUUGCAUCAUCGGGGCUCCUCCAGCCCUGCUAAGUUAGAGGCAUCUUUCAAGCUUGCUUACAGAUCCAGAUCCUAUGAAAAUUCAUGUGUCUUGUCUAGCUCUGCAUCAUCUUCCAAAGUGGCAUCUCCCAUGCCAUCCCCUCAUCCAUCACCCCAUUCCUCACCAUGUCCCUCCCCCCGCCCCACUGUCACAACACCUGCAGCUCUACCCUGUAGUCCUGACCGGCACUGCUCACCUGCCCUCACCCAGAAAGCCAUUGUGACAGACAUGAACCGGCUGUCUGCAGAGUCCAGACUGCAACAAAGAGGGGCCCCCCUGUCCCAGCUGUCGGACAGUGGCCAGACUCUGAGUGAGGACAGUGGCGUGGAUAUAGCAGAGGCAGGGGGCCUAAUUAAGGAAGGCAGCCCUCGACCCAGCAAGAACCAGCAGGGCCAUCUGGAACAGUCAGGAGCCCUGGCAUUUCCUCCAGGAGCCACCAGACAACAGACUGGCUCACCCAUCCCACCAUCCACUGCUACCUUAGUAAGAGUCCUGAAAAAUUCCAACACCCUGGGCAUUGCAAUAGAGGGAGGUGCCAAUACACGCCAGCCUUUGCCACGCAUUGUCACCAUUCAGAAAGGAGGCUCGGCUCAUAACUGCGGCCAGCUGAGGGUGGGUCAGGUCAUUCUGGAAGUCAACGGCAUUUCUCUGAGAGGUCGGGAGCACAAAGAUGCUGCGCGGAUCAUCGCAGAGGCCUUUAAGAUCAAAGAGAAGGACCACAUUGACUUCCUGGUGUUUGAGCCAGGAUUCUAGUCUGAAGACUUUGCACUUUAUGCAGAUUGGUUUAAAAAGACAUUGUUUCACUGCUUGGAGAGAUCUAUAUGAAUUCCACAUGAUGCUGUCCUGUAAUCAUGGCCCUCAUUUCAUUUCAGGGACAGGAUUAGUGGAAGGAUGUGUUGGGUAUUUUUUGAUUGCACUCUACAGAGAUUUGCACAAUUUAAAUUUAGAAAAUGAUAUUAUAUUAAUAUUUGCUGUAAAAAUCAUGCCUGGUGAAAUGCUAUUGUCACUUGUUUUGUUAAUUUUCUUCCAUUAGUAUUCAGACCCUGGAUGUCAUAUGUUUCAUCGGGAGGACAAUUAAUACUACUAGCCUAUCACAGUUGGUAAAUUCAUUCCUCAAGUAUCUUGUAUGUCUCUUCAUCAUUGAGACAAUAUCACGAGAGGCAGAGUUACUCUGAAGAUGUACAUAGUCUCUUGUUUGGGUUAAUUAUCUGUCUGAUUCUGAAUUUAUCCAAGAUAAAUGAAGCAAAGCAGAAUAAGAAACACUUCCAGACAGGUUGAAAACAGGCAGACAAUUUAGCCAUAUUGGCUACACUUAAUUUCGAGUUAAACUGGACAGAUAGCCAUUACUGCACUGGUAAGCAGCUGAAAUAUGACUAUGAUUGGACCAGUGUUAACUUUGUCAAAGAAUCACCAAAAUAUUUAUUAGCAACCAUGUUUUUAUAAUGAAAAUAAGACAACUAAAAAAGUAAAUAUUGAAAGUAAGAAUAUUAAUGAACUGUAUUAUAUUUAUUGGGAAAAUUGAAAACUAGUAAUGUAAAAAAUAAAUGAAUGAACUAUUGAUUUGUAAUUAUUCAGUGGCCCACAGAAUCUCACUGUAGCUCUUGAUUAGAGACUGUUUUCUCUACAGUCCAAACCAUCUUUUGUUCAGGUGUUGAUUAAUCUUUGACCCAUUGUUUUACCAUAAAUACAAAACAUUUCAGUACUGUUUUCAGUAGUGUUCUGUCUGAACUAAAUUCAUAAUUUCAGUGAGAAUUGGAUAAGGAACCACACCAAAAAUCCUGAGACAAACUAUGAAAACAUGCAGACAAGACAGUCCUGGAAAAAACUUUUUAAAAGCAAACUAAUGUAAUGCCAUUUAAUUCAAUUCAAUUUUCUUUAUAUAGCGCCAAUUACAAUUCUAACUUUCUCAAGAUGCUUUAUAGAACCCAUAUGUCUGAACCCUCAGAGGAAGCCCAAAUGCGACAGUGAGUCAGUGGACACUUUAUUAUCUUUGCUUACAGUCAGAGUUCCAUGAUCUUAUCAGUCUGAAUCAUCCUCUAGAUAUUGGCUAUAGAAAUAUAACGGUAUUGUGCAACAGUCUGUCUGAAUCCAGGCAGUGUUGCAUGGACACAAAACAGUGACAAUGCCACUAAACCCGCAAUGGAUGACAACUGUAACCAUGGUAACCUUGCAUAGCAAAGCUGGGCGCAGGUGUAUUCUCAAAGCCAUUGAGGAAACACAAAUUUAAAAAAAUGCAUGACAAAAACCAGAUUUCUAAAAUGUCACAAAGGAAAAUCAGAAAUGUAGAUGCGGAAAGCAUGAAUUGGCCGUAACCAGAGGCUACCUCAGCAACAGAAGCAGCAUUUGCAUGCCAUACAGAACCAUUGUUUUUUGACUUAAGUUUUGUUUUACUCUUAGUUUGCUUUUGGUUAGUUUCAGGCACCCAAAUGCUUAAAUAGUUAGGUUUAGUAAAAUAUUGUGAUAUGUUUCAAAAUACAACCCUUUUCCAACAUGUUCCAAGCUCUCCUCUAUUUUCUGGCACCGCUCCAUCUAAUACAUGAUUAGGUGGCAGAAAAGGACUGACAGGAAAGCAAUAAAACCUUUUGUAAAGUUACUGUGUUACAUCACAAACAAAUGUAACCCAGCACAAAAUAGGUUUCCCUCAGAAGGCAACUGCAAAAGGAGUUGUAUAAUAACAUAAUUAUUGGAACACACGGUUAUAACAGUUUAGAGACCCAGCUCUGGUUUCAACUGUAACCUACCUCUUUUGUAUCACCACAUUCUGAGAUAUCAGGGAUUCAUUUGAUGAGUACAGUGUUAUCACAUUGAUAAAAGUGGCUGAUCAGUUGCAGUAAGCUAAAAAUGUUGUUCUUCACUCUUAAAGGGCAGAGACCAGGUGAACUUCAGCAGGUGUGCUUAUUAACUUAUGUAGAUGAACUGCUAAUUAAAGCUUGAAUAUCAGUGAGACUAAUAAACUAGUCUGGACAGAAGUAUGUUUGGUCUGUUUGAAGCUACACCCCCUGUCAAAAGUUUUGAGAAAGCUUCUAAUUUAUUUGAAUGAGAAAGUGUCUCAAAACUUUUGACAGGGGGUGUAUAUUUUUUAACAGUAGCUUCCCUUUGUCAUUUGCUCACUUAACAUUGAGCUUUGGUCAAAUGCGAAUUAGACAAGAAAUCUGGCUGUUUGAUUGGCCAUCUGAGGUGCCAUUAAAACAGAUUUGUUUUCUUCCCCCUGGUUACUUAACAUACAAAAUAAAUUCUGACAGUUGACUGGCCAGCAGUUAAAAUUUAAAGACAAGUUUAAGCAAACACAUGUUGUUGGAUGUUAGAGCAGUGGUCUCCAACCACCGGGCCGUGGACCGGUACCGGGCCGUGGACCAUUUGUUGCUGGGCUGCACAGGGAGAAUAAAAACAGUUUGUUUUUCUGGUGGAGUCUGCAAGGUGUUCUUUUUUUUAUGACUAGAUCAUCUUCCCAUCACUUCCGUCUGUGCUUGUUUCCUGCACUUGAUGUUAAAUGAAGUUGUCGAUAUGCUAAAAUUAAUAAAAAACAAACAUCUCUCAGUAUCCACAGAUUUGCUAAAGAUUUCUGUAUUCUUGCAAGAUAGCGACAUGGCAUCACUGUAACUAUGCCUACAUGAGCUGCCUGCUGACAAUUAUGAUCCUACUACAAAUCGACCACUGCGGACUCAGGACUUAUCCGUCGGAAAUUAUACAAGGAACAAUUGAUUACAUUGUGGGGGUGUUUCUGAGGCUCAUCAAUUCCCAUAACACACACCUGUCCUCAGUACAAGGUCAUUUUUUAUUAAAGAUUUCAUCCGUUGGAAAUGAUGCAACGACUGAGCAGCAUUGGUGGAGUACUGUGCUCUCUGCUUUUCCUGUUUGUUAUGUGCGCAAUUACCAGUCCGUAGAAAAUUGUCUUGUUUGAAUCUGGUCCAUUGUGCAAAAAAGGUUGGAGACCGCUGCUCUAGAAUAGAGGACACGUAAAGGGAAACCUGCAAUUCCCACAUCACAACCAGUUAUCAUAGCAAAUGAAACUUAGAAAAUCACAGUGUGUCACAUUAUUAUGCCUUUCAAGAAAAGUAUCCACUGAAGUGAUGCCUUUCAUACUUAAACUGACGAUGUAAUUAACUGACUUUCUGAAAUCAAAACAUCAAACUCUUAGUCUUCAAAUUUACACUUUAGCAGCUACUUUACCAGAAAUAGCACUUCUGCUCAGAGGCCAUCCUAUCAGAGUCAUCUUUAAGAGCACAUCUCCUCUGUAUUAAGCAAUAUUUGCAGUUUAGCAGUACUGGUGUAAUAGAUUGUAUAUACUGUAGAUUCUUUUUAAUCCCUACAUGUAAUCCCAACUUCAUCAUACUAAAUUGUGCAUAAUAGAAGAACAUUUACACAUUUCCAAGAUUAUAUUACUGCUCCACAUCACUCAUAAUUUGCUUCAUGUCUUCUCCCAACAACUUGAAUGAAGUACAUGAUGCUCCAAUCUCGGUUUGAAACCAUGUCCAAAUGCCUACACAGUGGGAAUCAGUGAAAUCCUCUUUGAAAUUAAUCUUACCUGAUCAUGCUCUGUGGUGAAUGCUGAUGAGUUUCAGUGAUGAUUCAGUGAACUCCUUUACUGCACAGGAAGCACUGAUCAGAUUGGACUGUCCUGUUGCAAUUAAUACAGUAAAGCAGCAGGAAGAGUCAGGUUCUUACUCUGGUUUCUACAUAAUACAGUGCAGCCAAAUGAUAGAGCCGUACUACUCACCUGUUAUUCAGUCUCUAACGUACAGGAGUACAAAUAUUUGUCAGAAUGAUUGCAGAUCUCACUCUGGUGUGAUAAGAAGGCUUCUUGUAUUUCAGAAGUCUCCUAAGUGUCAAGUAAGGGCGUAGGUUUGCAUAGGGACGGUAGGGACAUAACACUACCAACUUUUCAAGCGGGUCAAAUUGUCCCCACCAACUUUUAAGCAACCUUAUUUGCAUUAUAUAAUGAGUUCAGUUAUAUAGGUAAUUUUGAUUGUCUUCCCAUAUGUUGUAAGGAUAGAAUUGACCCUACCAUUAUUAAGUGAAUUAUUUUCAUUAUGUUCAGACCAGGUUCAGACUUACAUUUACCCCUUUUCACUUGCUGAAUGUGCCGGUCCAAGCAAACGUGCGUUUGAUUGGCUGAUAAUAGGUUUCAGAGGUUGAAAAAAACAAUGCAAAAUCAAGACUACCAUAAAUGCUGUAUGGCAGAAAGCGUUCAGUACAACCACAUGCUAUGCAAGCAAAAACCAAAAACGUAUUCUUUGCUUUAGUCAGUGUGUUGGAGGUGAUACAAACAGUGUACCUGGACAGCUUCAAGAGAAAGAGACUGUGCUGUCAAUGCCCUAUAAGACCUGCACUACCAGUCAACAGUUUGGGCACACAUUCUCAUUCAAUUCUUUUUAUUUAUUUGUUUUAUUUUUUACAUUGUAGCUUAAUACUGAAGAGUAGUCCUUUUUGUUUCUAACAUAAUUCCAUAUGUAUUCUUUUGUAGUUUUGAUGUCUUCAGUAGUAACUGACAAUGUAUAAAAUAAUUAAAUAAAAAUCGUUGAAUGAGGGGGUCUGUCCACAUUUUUGACAGGUAGUGUAUAUUACAAAGGAAAAUUGAAAAUGAUAAAGCAAAAUAUUAAUAAGAAUGAAAACAUCCGCUUAGUGAAACAUUUAGCCAUGCUUCUGAAGUCAGUGAGCUGGCAGAGGUUGUGCUCCGGUAGCAAACACUGCACAGACCAUUUAUUUGUCCCAUGUAGAAGGGUAUACAACAACCUAUAAAAGAGCCAAAUUAACACACUGCACAUUGUCACAUACAUAUUUAAUAUGACUACAGGACAGGGUAGACCUAGAAAUCAGAAAUGCCUCAUUGUAUUAUCCCAUAUAAUUUAGCAGCAGUCCCUGAAGUAAGCACGAAGCUGAAUCAAAAAACUGUUUGAACUAAACAGCUUUAUAAAGGGAGGAUUCACUGAAGAAUUGAUUUAUCAGACUGCAUUAGUUUUAUUGCUAAGUAGACUGGCAACUGACUUGCCCAUAAUAUGUGUUCGAAGUCAUUGAAUAAUUUUAUUCCUAGAGCUAAAAUGGAACAUCUGUGUGUUGAGCUGUAGAACGACAGCUUCAUAGAGGCAGAGAUACAGUCACUUUUGUACUGGCAAUUUAAUUUCAGAUAUCUCAGCAUCUGCCUUUUAAAAAAUCUUCCUAUUCUGAGACACAGAUUCUGGGGAGCUGGAGUAGCCUUUAAAAGAUUGCAGUGUUUUGUUAUAUAAGCACCUGUUUCAACAAAAGUUCAGUCGAACUGUUUCUACUUACUGUGGUAUACAGCGGGAACUUACUUCACUAUCAGAUUUCAACCUGUGCUCAAGAAACCUAAAUAAGCCUGUCAUUGCCAAUAGCAGAGUGUUGGUAAAAUCACUGAGUGGAAACCUCUGAAAAGAGGGAAAUAGUAAGCGGUAUAUGGCUUUCAUAUGGUAGGAUCCUUGAAAUGUGUUUGUUUAUUCCAUAAGGUGUACUUUAUUAUCUGUUUUGUUCAUAACUGUAACCAUAAUGCAAAGUGAUACAGUAAUGCCAAGUAAUCCAAAUUAAAAAAUCAGCAAUACAAUCUUU